AUGAUUAGUUCUCUUCAAAGCGAUUUUGAAGAUUGCAAAGCCCGGCUUCCUGUCCCUAUUGACCAUGAUGUAUUUCAAGGCAUUCCGUCCCACGCCUUCGAAAUCCAUCUCUAUCAAACGACCUUUUUCGAUGUAUACCCAUCUUCCGCCGCGUCAUUCGACCAAUCCAUGGCCCUCCUGCGAAUCGAUGCCCUUUGUCACGGACUAGCGGCUGCAAAACAAUUUAUGAGCUUUUACUUCAGUCUACCACCUGGUAUUGAAAAGAGAUUUAGUUACACCCAAUGGACAAUGACCGGGUUCAGCGUUGCAGCUUCAUGCAAACUUGUUCUCGCAUCGUUGGAGCCAUCCGUUCGAGAUCACGAUCAAGUCCGAGGGUUGCGAGAGACAUUGGAUAUGCGGCAUGAAAUCCAGAAAUCUGUCAAGCGCAUGAAUACGCUUGAUCAGGAGUGUAAAGGUGGGAAGUGGGAUCAGCAUGAGAUGUUCUUCUACCAAGAUUGGCUGCGGUUCCUUUCUGAAUGGUUUGAAGAGAAAUAUCGUCUUGCGCAGUCUGAUAGCUCUGGAGAGAAUAAUGGUGCACUGGGAGUCUUCACCACUGGAAUCUCAGAAAAUAAUAUCUAUGAAGAGCCUCAGCCUGAUCCUGGUUUUCCUUGGGUGGAUCUUCAGGACGUUACGAUUGAGGAGAUGUUGAGUGUGUGGUUAGACCCAAUGAAUAUGCCACACUACUAUUAA